GAAGGAUUUGAUCUAGACUUCGUCUCUUCGGUAGUGGAGGUGCUGAAACUCGGGUGGAUCAACGAAUUAGGGUUUUAGCUUUCUUCUUCUAGCUGGUCUCUCUCCAGUCACUAAAGCAAAACAGCAAGCAAAUGGAAGCCGGAGAUGAUGGAGUCGUUGACUCCAAGGAUUUGCAACAGCAAAGCAAAGCCUUCGAUAAACUCACCGACCGUGUUGAAGAUCGCCAGCUCGAUUCUUCUCGUGCCCAAUCGGCCAUGGCAUCGAUUGCAGCCUCUGCUGAAGCUGAAAAGAAUGCUAUGAGAUUGAGAGAGAAAGAAUUAGCUGCUGUUAAGAUCAAUGCGGCUGAAGUGGACAUCAUUGCUAACGAAUUAGAGUUGGACAAGAAGGUGGCUGAGAGAACACUCCGUGAGCACAAGGGCGAUGCCGUCGCUGCCAUUCGGUCCUUGCUUCACUAGAUUGAGCCGGUGACGAAUUUUGAUAUUUCUCGAUUUUUUUUG